UCUUUCAUUCCAAAUACUGUCUUUGCUAGCUCUUUUCCUUUCUCUUUUUCAAUCUUCACUUCCUAGUGAUUUGAUUGUGUGUGUGUGUAUAAUAUAACGUACUGAGUAGCUAGGAAAACAUGGCCGAGAAGACUAGUACCAAAGAGACCAAACUGAGUCGGUACUUGAAGACACCCAUCAAGGUAUUGAGGAAGGCCAGGGAUUGGUACAUUCAAAGCAUGACUCAGUGCGCCGGAAAGGUGAGCCACGACAACGUCAUGGGCUGUCCUACCGCCCAAGUCUCCACUUUGCCCAAGAGUUUCAGUGUCAACUCCUCCAAAUCCAGCAACGACGAAGAUUUCAGGGAGCUUAUCAAGAUUGCUUCUACACGGAGUCUUGGCAACAAGAUCGAGUUGGAUCUUCUACGGAGACAACAGUCACUGUUGCAACAGUAUCCGGUGACCGGAGGAGUGGAUGUCGUGCCUCGGAGCCAGAGUGUUGGGAUUGAGAUGAUUGAUGAAGAUAAAGGUCAAGACUGAUGUUUAUCCAAGAAGCAGAAGCUAUAUAUAUAUGCUGUUAAUUCAAAGAGAACUGCCCUGUUCUAACUGCCCUGUUCUAAGCUAAAUUAAUUAUAAAGCUAAAGCUAGAAUCAAGGGCAGCUCUCUCUCUAUCUCUAAUAUAUAUAUAUAUAUAUAUUGUUAUCUACAGUAUUUGGUGGUCUUGGCAGUUUUGCUGUCAAGUGUCAUACUUUUGCUAGGGUUGUUUUUAAUUUAUGUAACAGAAUUUCAAGUGUAACUGUGUUGUAAGAAGUGUAUAUAUAUGCAUACAUAUAUAUAUAUAUAUAUAUAUAUAUAUGUUUUACAGGUGAUCGAAUUUGUAUUUAGGUUUAGAAGUUAAUUUGUACGUUU